GAACAAGGAACAUGGGCAGAGCUGGGAUCAAGGGGUGGCCACCGCUUCCCCGGCUUCACCCGGAGGGAUUCCCGCUCCCAGAAUAACGUCUUUCCUUGGUUUGGCUUGGACAUCGGCGGGACCUUGGUCAAACUGGUUUAUUUCGAGCCAAAGGACAUCACCGCCGAAGAGGAAGAGGAAGAAGUGGAAAAUCUCAAAAGCAUCCGCAAAUACCUGACGUCGAACGUCGCCUACGGCUCGACGGGCAUUCGGGAUGUGCACCUCGAGCUAAGGGACCUUACCCUGUGUGGACGUAAAGGCAAUCUGCACUUUAUACGCUUUCCUACUCAUGACAUGCCCGCUUUUAUUCACAUGGGAAGCGAAAAGCACUUCUCGAGCCUCCAUACUACCUUAUGUGCCACGGGAGGUGGAGCGUACAAAUUUGAGCAGGACUUUCGCACAAUGGGUGACCUUCAGCUUCGUAAGCUCGAUGAACUCGAUUGCCUUAUUAAAGGAGUUUUGUACAUCGAUUCGGUCGGGUUCAACGGGCACUCGGAGUGCUACUAUUUCGAAAACCCGACGGACGCCGAGCGAUGUCGGAAGCUCCCGUUCAACCUGGAGAACCCGUAUCCUCUGCUCUUGGUGAACAUCGGCUCAGGGGUCAGCAUCUUGGCCGUGUAUUCAAAAGAAAACUACAAACGAGUAACGGGCACCAG